AAGCAGAGAUGAAGACUGUGAUCAAAAGGACUCUUUACUGUGCUCUGCUGCUGGCACUCCUGGGUUCGCCAGGAUUCGGUGCAUCCAUGCAGAUCUCCUGGACCGGCAGGGUGACCGCUGGCUCCCGCACCACCUUCACUUGCUCUUCGUCCUGUUUUCCAAACUGCGUCUACAGCUGGAACUUUAAUGGCAGGACGGUCAAUGGGAGCUCAUUAUCCUGGACGCCAAAUGGACAGGAUGUUUCAGUGGAACUGCAGUGCAUCGUCUACAAUAACAAAACAGGAAUCACCAGAAGUACAACCACCAUCGUAGAGAUUUGGAACCCGGUCUCUGUGCGGAUCAGUCCUCCAAACAUCGUCCCAUCUCUCAACCAGCCUCUCAGUUUGCGUUGCCAGGAUUCUGCAUCCAGAGGCCACCAGGACCCAUCAGACAUUGUCUGGUAUAAAGACGGACAGGAAGUGACUCUGCGUGAAAAUAUGAGGUUCCUUCAAAACAAUCUCACUCUUCACUUUGACUCCCUGCUCUCCUCUGAUGCCGGUUUCUAUCAGUGUGACAUUUAUCUGCCAACAUCCAAGACGAGAGUUUACAGCCUGGGAUUUCUGCUCAGCUUUGAUCCGUGGAACGUCACCAUCAGCGGGCCUGACGUUGUGCUUCCUGGCAGGUUGAGUCAGUUCACCUGUCUGACCAGCUGCACCAUAAAUGUUGAAUGCAGUAUUAGGUGGGAGUUCAGAGGAGGUUUUCCUGUAGGAACCCACUUUUCAGUCAACACAAAUCGCCUCAAGUGGACUCCCUCCAAUCCUGGGACGUUUCAGAACUUCACAUGUAUCGCAGAGAACAAAGCCGCAGGACGCUCAGCCGAAUACACAAAGAUGGUGGAAGUUAAAGGUGUUCCAGUUUCUGGAUCAGAGGUUCAGUUCAGUGAACUUUCACUGCUGGUUUUCUGUUUCUUUUUGAUUCACACAACUGUUACCUGGAUUUAAGUUUUAAAUUAUAUCUUUUUGUGCUAUUUAUUUGUAACAUUUCCUGUUUGUCUGUUUUACUGUUAUUACACUUGAUUACACAAAGCUGCUAAACAAAACAAAAUGUAACAAUCAGGUUAAACCUUAAAUAACUUAAUUACCUUAAUUUAAUUGUUGAGUUUUUGUUAGU